AUGCCGGCUGAAGAGGAUCGUGUAGAGGUAUCUAAGGAUGCCAUGCUGUCAAGUCGCGCCUUGAUACCAGAAGUUUUUCAACACAGGUACGACUGCGGUGGGGACGAACUGCGGCACAUCUUCGACAGACAUCGUCCAAAAGAACUCAGUCGUGAUGAAAUCUACGCUGCACAUGCUUUCCUGGCAGAAAUGGGUGCGUGGUAUAUGAGGGAAGUGCUCGCAGAAGAAUUUCGCGAGCUGAAGAAUACCGUGACGGACGAAUACGAAGAGCUGCCCUUCCGAAGCCUAGAUAACGAUGAAAGCCAGGAUGCAGUAACAGCUGCCUGCACUGGACCGGCUCCCUAUAAUUACCCUCGUCUUCUCCCGGAGCCGUCGGCCAUACGGCUCGUGGUGCUGCUACCGUCGCUAGAACAGCAUGCAGACAUCGUGUGCGAACUCUGCAACAGCGCGCUCUCCAACAUUGUUUCGGACAAGUAUGAAGCGCUGUCGUACGUGUGGGGUGACCCCAACAAGAGAAGGCCCAUAAUCGUCAGCCGGAAACUAUUCCAGGCCACAGAAAACCUCGAAGCGGCGCUCAGAAACCUCCGUCAUCCCACUCAGCCGCGGGUGCUCUGGAUUGAUGCCAUCUGCAUCAAUCAGAAUGACGUCCAGGAGCGGAAUGAGCAGGUCAAGCUGAUGGGCGACAUCUAUCGCUGCGCGCGGCGGGUGAUUGUCUGGCUUGGCCCGGAGUCAGAUACAAGCGGCGCCGCGUUCCAGCUCAUGCGCAACAAACCGGACGUGCCGGACUUCGACAACGCUACCCCGCAAGAAAUCAAACGUUUCUGGGCCAGUUUUGUGCCUGGGUUAUUGAGCUUCUGCCGGUUAGUCCGACGUCCAUGGUUCAAGCGCGUAUGGUGCAUUCAGGAGCUUGCCCUUGCACGCGCCGUCGAUUUUCAGUGCGGCCAGCAUUGUGCAUCCAUGAGCGAUUUUGUGUGGAUGAAGGGUAUGUUCUCAAAGGGCGAGCUGUUUUACCAGAUUACUGUCAUCACCGAGAGGGAACUGCGCGGCGGUGACAAUGACUCUGUCAGGGAAGCUUUGUCGUUCUUCAUGAAGUUGGCACACCUACACACAAAGAUGAUCCUCACAGGCCUGCCAGGGUUUCGUCCGGACCGCGAAUCUUCCCACUCUGCUCUCAUAAUUCUCAAUUACUUCCAGGACUGGCUGUGUUCAAAUGAUAAGGACCGCAUCUUUGCCUUCUACGGCCUCGUGUCGGCAAUGAGCCCGGACAAGGACGCGCUCCGUCCGAACUACUCCCUAAGCGUAGACCAGGUGUAUAUCAGAUUUGCCGUUCGAUACCUCCAGCAGCACAAGGAUUUGCACAUCCUAAUCACAGCAACUAGGCCAUUGCUGGGAUUCGUCGAUACUAGUACUGCGCGCGAACUACCCUCGUGGGUGCCCGAUUGGCGGGAUGCUUCGAGACACGGUACACCCAAAGUUCAUUGCUCGAUCGGCAUCUUUGAUGCGCAAGCCACCAUUUCGGACUCAAUCAUAGUCGAAUACGACACCAUGUAUGACGCAUGCCUCAGCCUUCAAGCCACUCAGCUCGAGUUCCACCAGGACUUCCGGACGCUCUGCCUCCACGGCAUCGCGGUGGACAAGAUUGAGGAAACUGGGACCGCCUAUAUACCGGAUGGCUUGUUCAGUUUUACGGGAAAAUCCGAAGUGCUCAAAAAAUGGAUGGAUAUCGCCGCACCGUCCUCCGAGCGCCGCUAUCCCUACACCGGAGAGACUGGCCAUGAAGCAUUUUGGAGGACGCUACAGAUGGAUGACCAGCUCUUGUACAUUCCGACUCAGGAUAAUCUUGCCCGCAUGUUCCAGGAAUCCAAGGUUCCCUUCACAGAGGACGAUGUGGAGCCUGGACCAUGCAGAGAACGGAUCCCACCUGGGACCUCGAAUUUCCUCCCUGCUGGGGAGGAUGAUAUGCAGCGACUGGAGUCUCUAACCUCUGGUUAUAGACCUUUUAUAGGAAGAAAGUUUUUCAAGACCGCCAAGGGGCUCUUCGGGUUAGGUCCAGCCUCGGCUCGCGUUGCAGAUGACGUGGUCGUACUUUUUGGCGGCAGGGCUCCGUUCGUUCUAAGGCCUGAUUGCGAGUCACACAGGGUUUUGGGAGAGUGGUAA